UUAUCUCAGCACUGAGAGUGAGCCCCAUCCUUUAGUCAAGCAUCGUCGUCGCCGCUACUCCUGCCAAGGCCGAAUCCGGGUCUACGGAGGUAGAAUGGGUCAAGGAGCAUAUUACCAUCCGGACGCGACACUUCAGACCACCGUAUCCGAGGCCAGCCUUGAGAUCCCUCUGAUCGACUUCUCGGCAUUCUUGUCGGGCGAUGCAGCCACCAAGAAGUCCACUGCACAGGCCAUACUCGCUGGCUUUCAGAAUGCCGGGUUUAUCUACUUGAGUAAUCACGGCAUUCCGGAUGACGAGCUCCGCAAUACCUUCUCAGAGUCCGCCAAGUUCUUCGCGAGGCCAUUCGCAGAGAAGGAUCAGCUCGCAUGGACUACUCCAGAGGCCAAUCGAGGCUACUCUCAAGCCGGCAGAGAGAAAACGACCAACGUUGAGGGUGCCGAUGACAUUGAGAAUGUUCGAGCACAAGAAGGCGCGGAUUUGAAAGAGUCCAUUGAGAUCGGCAAAGAGAAUGAGCCUGGCUUACCCAACCAAUGGCCUACUGAUGCCGCUGGCGCUGUGUUCCGCACGCAAAUGGUCAGGUUCUUCGACCUGUGCAAAGAUCUUCACGUCGAAAUCAUGCGGUCGAUCGCCGUGGGUCUUGGGAUUGAUGAGUUCUGGUUCGAUUCAUACUGUGACGCGGGCGACAACACUCUCCGCCUUUUGCACUAUCCUGAAGUCAAAGCCGAUGUCUUCAAGAAGAACGAUAAUCAAGUCAGAGCUGGAAGUCAUACUGACUACGGAUCAAUCACAUUGUUGUUCCAGGACAUGUCUGGUGGCCUCCAAAUACAAUCCCCCACAGGGAAAUUCGUCCACGCCACCCCCAUCGAAGGCACAGUAGUUGUCAAUGCUGGAGAUCUACUUGCAAGGUGGUCUAAUGAUACCAUCAAGAGCACAAUGCACAGAGUCGUGGAGCCUCCCAUUCCGUCUGAUACUUAUCCGGCGAGAUAUAGCAUCCCUUACUUCUGUCAUCCCAAUCAUGACCGCAUGAUCCACGCGAUUCCAGGCACGUAUAGCGCUGAGAAUCCUAUCAAGUAUGAACCUGUGCAUUGCGGUGAGCAUAUGGUUAAGAGGCUCAAGGCUACUUAUUAGAUUUUAUAGAUUCGAUGAAGUAAGGUAUAUGAACAAAUUUCACACCACC